UUUUUGUACAGUGAAACCACUAAACCGCUCCAUGUUUUGAAAACUACUUUCUGCUUUCCACGUAAAGCUAAGAAUUGCUUCGGAAACACUCCCAGCUCCAGAAAUAUUUCCCAAAACCUUUUUUCUCUCACACACAAACACGCACUAGUCUUCGAUCAAAACCCGAAGUAGUAAGAUCUUUUGGCUCUCUGUUUAAUCCUUUUGUUUUUGUAAAUUUCUGAGAGUGGGAUUUGAUUAAAUCCCUCUAGUUUGAUUACUGUGUUCGAUCUAUUUGUAUAGCAGAUCCAAAAAAAAAAAAAUGGGAAGAGGGAAGAUUGUGAUCCGUAGGAUCGACAAUUCCACGAGCAGGCAAGUCACUUUCUCGAAGAGAAGAACUGGGCUGCUGAAGAAGGCUAAGGAGCUUUCAAUUCUUUGUGAUGCACAAGUUGGAUUGAUUAUUUUCUCUAGCACUGGAAAGCUCUAUGAUUUUGCAAGCACCGGCAUGAAAUCUUUAAUUGAAAGAUUCAAUAAAGCGAAAGAGGAGCAUUCCCAAAUGCCAAAUUCUACUUCAGAUAUCAAGUUCUGGCAAAGUGAAGCAGAAAGCUUGAGAAGACAGUUACAGUACUUGCAAGAAAGUUACAGGUAAGUUUUUCUCAAUAGUAAUAAAUAGCCACCAGUAUCGAAGUACCAGAUUAAAUAUGGAUGAAGUGAAGGAUUGGAGAUAGCAUUCGAAAUAUAAACGAUAAUGUCUAUCUCAAUGAUGAAAAUGAUCCAAAUGAAGGGAAGUACAUGAAAAGGUAGUAGUACCUGGCCCAAAGUAUCAUAGGAUAAAGUUUUAUUUUGCGUGUCAAGCUGAAGGAAUAAAGCCAAUAUCAAAUGUUCACAUAACUAUCUUGGCUUUGAUUCUGUAUAUGCAAUGAUCCCAUAGGCAUCACUUUAUGGCAAAGCACCUUGACCAACAGUUGAUAUUUUUGUUUUAGCAACUAUGAGGUGAAUAUAAUUGAGGUAUAAAUAGUGAAAUGAAUAAUAAUGCUUCUAGAAUUUUGUUGCUAGAAACCACCACGAGAAUGACCGACUAUUGUAGAGUUAAGAAUGGUUAUAAAUGAAAAGUAUAUACUAAUUUAACGAUCGGACUAUUAUAGAGAUAAUCACAGAAAACAUAGAAAUAGUUCCAUGUUUUUAACACUAGUGCAAUCAUUUGGGUGUAUGUGAAUAAAAAGUGAUGUAUCAUAAUAGAAGGCUAAAAGGGACCAAAAAUAAUUAAGACAUUGUAGAUCAAUAUCCAUUCCUAAAUAACCAUUGAGGGAGCAUAGAAGGGCGG